AUGGAGGAUGCGAAAACAAUGUGCCAAUUGUUAGAGGACCGUGAGUACGACUUCGUCGAGAUGUCCGGAGGCACUUACGAAAAGCUCGUCUUCGCCCACGUCCGGGAUUUUACCAAGGCCAGAGAAGCCUAUUUUCUCGAGUUUACCGAUCAGCUUCGCCCGGUCUUCCAGAAAACGCGGAUGGUGGUGACCGGCGGGUUCAGGACGGCCAAGUGGAUGGCCGCCGUGAUCAAAGAUGGAAAAUGUGACGCUGUCGGACUUGGCCGCCCCGUUGCUGCUGAACCAGAUCUGCCCAAAAAGAUCCUUCGCUACGGUGUGCUCGGCUCAACCGCCGCCAAGAUUGACCAGAACGACUUCGCGAUGACGAACGUUGUCGCGAAUUCCCAGAUGUGGCAGGGAGGGCAGAUCCCGUUCUCAAGAUGUGAAAAGGCCACGGACGGAAUUAUGGAUUUGUCAGUGCAAGCAGAAGCUGAUAAAUAUGUCGCAGCAGCAGGGGCCUACGUUCAGGGCGUCUUCGCUUUUGGCGUACAGGAGGUGUUCCCGUUUUUUCCAGUACAAACC